AUGCUACUAGAAAUAAUCCCCGCAACUCCAGCCGACGGAACCGAGCUCACAGAGAUCUUCUAUGCAGCCUUCGGGGGUGAAUUCAAUAGAAAGAUGUUUCCGGAGACCCCCGACGUAACCGUCUGGUGGGAACAAAUCUUCCACGACAGCAUCACACGCUCAAUCGCAGGCAGAACCAACGAAGUCUUCCUCAAAGUCGUGGACUCAGAUCAAGACGCGAUUGUCGCGUUCGCGAAAUGGAAGUGUCCAACGUCUGCAGGUCGCGAUCGGCACGAACCUGAGGAAUCGGCGGUUUGGGCCCCUAGCUGUGACGGGAAACUCUGCGAUCGUUUCUUUGGUGGUAUGGAGGAACUGAAAGGGAAGUGGAUGGGGGAUAGACCGCACUAUUAUCUUGACAUGCUGGCUGUGCAUCCAUCCCACCAGGGCCGUGGACUGGCAUCGAAGCUUUUGAAAUGGGGUCUUGCACGUGCUGAUGAUGAGGGUGUAGAGGUUUACUUGUCUUCAUCGCCGGAGGGCAAGCCUGUGUAUGAGAAGUAUGGAUUCCGGGAUCUUGAGUCAUUUUCGCCUUACCCUGAUUAUGUGCAAGUAUGUAUGUUGCGACCGAUAAAGGGGCAGUGA